AUGGUCAAGGAAGCCCAGCAGAAGGCAAUCGAUCAGAAGACUCGGGAUAAUGAGAUCGCGAAGACACUGCGCAAGUUGACAUCCGGAGCUGAGCCCACACAGCGCGAGGGUCCGAAGGAGCCAGAGGAGAAGUUCGAGAGCAUGGCAAGUGUUCUUGACCGCAUCGGCAAAGAGCAACAGAAGCAAAUCAAGAAAACGGACGACAAGCGAGUUACUGACCGCUGGAUUGAUGAAGAGUUCCCAGUCUGGGUAUGGGAGCCCUCCAAGAAGCACUACACGCCCUCCAUGGAAGAGAAGGGCUGUAUCUAUCUCGGGGAAGAUGUCCGGGGAAUCACAUUCCCCGCCAACCAAGAAGGCGUCCCCAAAGUACUAAUUCCCCAAGUCCUCAUGGAGAUUGAUGCAUACAUGGAGGAGGUCGAGAAGUUGGAGCGAAAGCGACCUGCUGACGCUGGCUACGCAAACGAGUACGUCGACCUCAUACCCGCACAGUCGGACGACGGCGGAGAGGCAGAUGCGGACGAUGCGGUGAGCCAGGCCCCUGACGUGACCCAAGGCCACACUCAGGAGGACAUCACCCUACAGACUCCAGACUUGACCAAGGAGGUGGCCGAAGAGGGUGCCGGAAAGGCGGAUUGA